AUGCCCAACGAGGAGGAAGACGAGGCCGAUGCCGCCGACGCCGACUACGAGGAUCGGAUCGUCAAGAUCACCGGCAUCCCUCUUAGGGAGGAGAUCUUCGAGAUCCUCGAGGAAACCAUUGACGAUCUCACUGGUCACGGUCAAGACGACGAGCUCGAGCGCAUCAAGACCUCGCUUCUGCCUUGA